AUGGAAUUCUCCACCGGUCAACUCGACACCUUCUUCAAAGCGAAUCAACAACAAAAUCAAAUGCCCGAUAGUCUAUCAUCUAAAUUUCAAGAAUCUAUUCAAAGAUUAUAUGAUGCAAUGGGAACAAUGGAACAUGAAUUCUUAAAGUCUACCAUUGAUGUCAUGGAUCACAAGGUGAUUCAACCAUUAAAGAGAGAUCAAGAUUACAAUAGAAUGACUAAACAGCUAUUGGACAAAAGAAAGAAACUUAAUUUAGAUUAUGAUUCUAUAAAGAAAUCAAAUGAUGCAGGUAGAGUUAGUUCUGUAAAACAAGAGUUUGAUUUGGUAUCGAAAAAGACAUAUAAUCAUUUGCAUGCCAGAUCAAAGAUUCGUUGUAAAUUGAUCGUUCAUAGCAUUGUCACUAUGAUCCAACAGUUCUGUAUGUUCUACGAGUCGAAUGCACUCCUGUUGGAGGGUUUGUUGGAGAUGGUAGAACCACUCGUCAACAACUAUCAGUUGUCAUCCAGUGAUUUGGCUGAUCUCUACUCUGCCAAGAAACAACCAACAACAGGAACAGGAAUACCAACAACAGGAACAGCAACAGCAACAGCAACACCAUCAACAUCAACAUCUGUACCAAUAAACAAUAGUAAUAAUAAUAAUACAACAUCACCACCUCCAACAUAUAAUGAAGCAGUUAGACAACAACAACAUCAACAACAGCAGUCACCUUAUGGAAGUACACCUCCACAACACUCACCUCCAACCACCAGACAUCAACAGGAGAAACUAUUCAACGUAUGGGAAGAUGACAAUGAAGAUAGUUCGACAACUACAUCUACAAACAGUAAAGCUAGUGUUGACGAUUGGAUGUAUCCAUCAUCGACAACAACAACAACAACAAACAAUAGCAAUAGCAACAAUUCAUCACCAUCCUCUUCAUAUACUAAACCAAAUGUUAAUACUACAAAUAACAAUGGUAAUAACAACAGAUCAUCAGGUGAUUUCUGGUCACAACAACAGCAACAACAACAACAAUCAUCUUCACAACAACAAAAUAAUAUCAAUUCGAAUUUUAAUCAACAACAGAGAUCUAACUCUCAACAGACACCUAAUCCACAACAACAACAACAACAACAACAACAGACACCACAACAAUUUAGACAACAGCAACAACAAAAUAAUUUCAAUAAUAAUCAAAGAACUUCUUCACCUAUUGAUGACUGGAUGAAUCAAUCACAACCACAACAACAACAACAACAACAACAAUCACAGCAACAACAAACAACACCGUCACAACAAAAACAAUCAAGUGGGUAUGACCAUAUUUUUGGAGACUUUGACUUUACUUCACCACAACAAACACCGAAACAGCAACAGCAUCAACAACAACAGCAACAAAGUAACACAACACCUGGAUUCCAAUCUGCUUUCUUCAACGGUCCUUCAAGUGGUCCAAUGCCAACGUCAUCGACACCUGGAUUCUCACCACAUGUCGAUCAUCAUCAACAUGCCAGACAAACAAUUGAACCGGGUAUAAGUGAUCGUGUUAAGCACUGGGCAGAGAAGAACAACCGUCGUAAUAACAUCCGUGUACUACUUGCAACUCUACACGAGGUACUCUGGGAGGAGAGCGGCUGGGAGAAAAUCACUCUAGGUGCUGUCAUCACACCGGUCCAAGUCAAGAAGGUCUAUCGAAAGGCUAUCAUGGUAGUACAUCCCGACAAGGUUAACAAUGGAACUCUAGAACAAAAGAUGAUUGCUCAACGUAUAUUCGAGAGUCUACGUGAAGAGUAUGAAGUAUUUAGAAUUGAAUCUGAGAAACCAUAA